CUGCGGCUGAGACCUACCACGACGGAGAAGUAGUAACAAGAUUGGCGAUCUUAAUUUAAACCAGUUCGGCCAGUCCAAUGUUAUAUAUAUAAUAUAUUUCUACCUUCAAUAUUUCCUUCAUUCCAAUGAAUUCUACAAUCUCCAUCUACCCCAUAUUAUCCGAGAGCCCCGUAUCUACAGACCAAUCUUCUGAUACCUCCUCCGUCGAACACCCAUCUCGUGAUAAUUCACAUAGAGCAUCUCGUUUCACUAUCGCACACCCAUACGCCCGCCUUUACGCAAAGAAGGACGGUUCCAAGCGACGAAAAAUAUGGAACCAUGUCCUCGAGAAACAACUCUUUUCUCCUCAGGAAUUGUCAACCAUGGGCGCACCGCACAGGCGUACCAUUUACAUCGCCUCUCUCGAGGCGCACAUCGAUCGGUUACACAACCAGCUGCUCGGGAUCGGCCUUUAUCCAAUCCCGUUUCAACGCCUCGAGCCAUACCGGGGCCUUAAUUCAAAGACGGCCAAGAGUAUGGUAGCUGGAUUACAGCACGAUGCUACCCACACAAAGCUCAAGUUGCUAGAGCUCGAACGUUCGAAUAAUAAUCUGCACAAGCUGCUCGGCACCCAAGCAACUUCAACUUGCUCCAUUUCUCUUGAAGCAGAUGUACGCCGUCACUCUAUGGAUUCACCCGGAAUGGCCUUAAACGCAAGGACCGCCAUCAAUUCCACAGGCCCGAUGAUCAUGGAUUCCCUUGCCUAUUCGGCAAGAUCAUAGUCCCCUAUUUCGCUGCAUUCCAGGGUCAUGUGGUCAUUUAUACAACCAACUUAUGUAUUUCUUUAAUCGCUUGUUCAUCGCACCUGUAUCGUACAUAAUCGAACCACGGCAUUCCCUAUACUUAUGCUACUGCUUACGAGGCUACCAGUAUAUAAUAGACCUCCCAUCUGCAAGGUUCAACGUGUACAGUAGAUAUAUUGUUC